UGGUAGACUGCGGUCUUACGUUUUAUAGGCCUCAAGCUUGUCUCUGGCGCGGAGGCUGAUGCCAGUUCUCUUUAUAUAGGCUAUCCUCAACCGCGUGGUUCAUCCGCGUCAUGCUGAUUGACAGAAGGGGUUGUUGUGUUCUUCAGAAGAACACUGUGUUUUGAGGAAGCAGUAGGCUAUACAGCUACUUACAUGAUUUACCAUAGGCAUGUUUCUGAAGAGUUUAAUAUGAUAGAUGAAUAAUAAUAAUUAUUAUUAUUAUAAUUACUAUUUUAUUAUUAAUAUCGUUGUUGUUAUUAUUAUUAUUAUUAUUAUUACUAUCGUUAUUAUUAUUAUAUUAUUUUAUUAUUAUAAUUAUAUGUAGCUAUAUUUGUUUUUUAAAUCUUUGCACACCUUUGCUAUGAUAUUUACAUAUUUACAAGAAAGAAAGAAAGAAGAGAAAGAAAAAGGAUUUCUGCUGGAUUCAGUCUCAGCUGUAGGCUAUAUAAGCUCGCAUCUCUUUUUUUAAAAUCAUUUUUUAUUUAUUUGUUAAUUUUUUUGUUUGUUUGUCUUAUUGUUAUUCUUGUUUUGUUAAUCAUUUUGAUUAAUACGAAAAAGACAGAAAGUAAGAAAGUAAAGGACUCAUUCGUAUCUAUGGUAGCUCCACGGUUUUGAGACUCCGUUGCCUUGGUUACGAUUAGUGAAAACAUACUAGAAGCUGAAACACAGCGCUAGCUUGGUUAGCAGUGCUAAUGCUACAUUAGUUAUCCGUGACUUUAAUGGUUAGACCAAAUGAAACGCGAUGAGAAGAAAGAGUUCAGACCUUUGAGUCGUUCAGAAAACAAGAAGCUAAAAACAUCAGAGGAGCUUUCCAUCUUGGGUGAUGACCAGUCCAAAGACUCUACUCUUAAAGGCAGGGAUAUCCAGGCUUUGGCCAGUCACCCACAGGAGCUCAAUAAACUCCAUGUACCAAAGCCACCUAAGAGCCAUCAGAAACCACUGCUCAUGGCUUGUGUGCAUAAAAUUCAUUCAGUGAAUCUGGACCCUGACUCUCAGCCUCAGGGCUACUCAGGGCCGGAAGGGCUCCGGUUUGAUGACAAAGGGAUGGUUCUUCCACACAGCAUCCUGGGUAGUUUGGAAGAUUUUAGAAGUUAUCUGGAGGCCAAAGGGGAGACAGAGCUGGUGAAGCAGAUACCCGAGUCCCAGAGAGAUCCUCCAUCUGAGGCCCCAGGGGGAUCUCAUUCUGAGGCUGUGGCAAGAGGGCAUGGGCUCUCUCCAGGCCACAGAAACAAACAGAGUAAUGCCCUGCAACAUUGGCAUACACACAUGAGGCAGCGCAGACGGCAGCAGGACUUUUUAUCUGAUUUGCUCGACAGGCCGGUUGAGAAUUUACUGAUGAACCAAGCUAACCGUUUCAGAGAAUUUCAGGAGAGGAGGGAAUUUCUAAACCAAGUCAUGCCACUCAUCCACUCUGGAUAUGGUUAUCGUGUGGGCAGUGAGUUUUGGAGUCUCCCCCAGCGUUAUGGAGAUGAAAUGAGUGGCCUCACAGCCACUCUGACUCAGACAGAGCAGGGCAGACGGGAACCUGUCACACAUGUUGGACAACCGAGCAGCAUACGCCAGGAAUCAGGAAUCAUUUGUGCUGAGACUCUGCGUCCAGCCUCUCGAACCUGGGACCAGAGUGCAUACCUACAGCAUCAGUGUCAGGAGCUCGGUGAGGUUCUACGGGACAUGGACAUCAAAAAGCCGGACAUCGACGGACUGGAGGUGAUAGGCGCUGGCAAGACAUUCACCUUUGUCACGGUGUGUGGUACUCCCUUACUGGAGAAGGAAGAAGAGGAGAAGAUGCACAGGGAGGAGAAGAAGGAGAACCUUGAUCCGCUGGAACAGUAUGAUGAUGCUCGGUCAGAUGUUUUACUCAUUCCUGCCUUGAGGUUCUGUGGGCAGCUUGCUAGCUGGACUGGAAACUCUUCCACUAACCAGGGAGAAGUAGGAAUCAGUUCCACAAUAUUCUUUGAGGCCCUGACUGGAGAAACAGCCUCGUCCCACCUGGAGCUACACAAUGAGGGCAGCACAGCCAUCUUCUACAGCUGGCAUCAGCUUCCCUUUCCACACAGCUUUCCUAACCUGCAAUUACAAACAAUGAACCCGCAGUUCUACUUCAAUUCCUCCUCUGGUGUGAUCCUUCCAGGUGAAACCCAGCGUUUGGAGUUUAUAUUCAAGUCAGAGAAGCCAGGCAUCAAAACUGAACUAUGGCAGCUCAACACCCACCCUAUGCUGCUGCAAGGAGCCUCCAUGCAGGUCACAUUGAAGGGAGUAGCUCUUUACCAGGACAAAACUGCAGACCAAAGACUUUUCGUAGAGACGAAGCUGGAAAAGAUAGUGAUGGUGAAAAUGUGUCAGUCGAUUGUGUAUGAGGUGCUGCGUGGAGUCCUUACCCCAGAGAGACCCAGCUCUCCUGCAGAGCUCUACAUCACUGAGGUGCAAACAUUUCGAAACAAAAACCCCAAGUUGCGGUAUCUUCAUCAGCCAGUGGAGGACUUGAAGAGACUGUGGCAAGAAGUAAAUCCAGGCCACACCUGGGACCUCUCUGUUGAUACUCUCCGACAGGUUGUGCUGUCUCUGCCUGAACAAGAGUCAGCUCGGGACACCAUCACCAGAGAAAAGAGCCUGGCCCAGCUCAGCUCUCUACUUCUGCAGCUGUCUGAACCUUCUGAACCGGAACACGCCCAUCUAACAGCAGCAGCUUUAGGACAGAUGCUGUGGAAGAAACUUCUGGACACCAUGGCUGGUGAGGCCAUGAGGCUCAGAAACCUGCUGGGCCUCCCAGAGAGAGAAACAUGGAUCGAUAAAAAGGAUGAAUCCCCAAUCUCUGACGCUGAUUUGGCUGAUAAUAUAAACAAAGAGGAGAAGAGUGAGAAAAAGGGAGGAGCAGCUGCUAAAGAGGAGAGGAGUGGGGCCAGGUCCAGAUUUAAAGAUGACAGCAAACGAGAGUCCAAGUCACCAACAACUGAAAAAUCAGUGGAGGAGAGCAAGAAGAAGGGGAAAAGAAAAGAUGAAGUGGGGAAGCGCAUCAUGGAAAAGGAAAAGCAAGGGAAUGAGCCUGCCUCACUGACUGAUACCCAUCCAGAGAGCAUCAAUCAGCAACCUUCCGAUGUAGAGCUGGAGGCGAUGAACACUUACACAAAGCUCCUGCACCAGAAGGUGUAUGCUCUGAUCGGAGACCUGGUGGACACCCUGUUUGACCCGAUGGAUGAGGGAGAGGAGGACAGACACACUUUUAACACAUGAGAGGCUCAGGAGCCCUGUAGUCAACCAACUGUAAUAAAACCUGUCACACAGGAAUCUGUUUUUAGAA